CUGAACUCAGAAUGUCCGGAAGAGGCAAAGGAGGAAAAGGACUCGGUAAAGGAGGCGCUAAGCGUCACCGUAAAGUUCUCCGUGAUAACAUCCAGGGCAUCACCAAGCCCGCCAUCCGCCGUCUGGCUCGCCGCGGCGGAGUGAAGCGUAUCUCCGGUCUGAUCUACGAGGAGACCCGCGGUGUGCUGAAGGUGUUCCUGGAGAACGUGAUCCGUGACGCCGUCACCUACACCGAGCACGCCAAGAGGAAGACCGUGACCGCCAUGGAUGUGGUGUACGCUCUGAAGAGGCAGGGCCGCACCCUUCCAGCAGCAAUCAUUUUGAGGUCAGGGUAAAAUAAAAUGGCCAGAACCAAGCAGACUGCUCGUAAAUCCACCGGAGGAAAAGCCCCCAGGAAGCAGCUGGCCACCAAGGCUGCCCGUAAGAGCGCCCCGGCCACCGGCGGAGUGAAGAAGCCUCACCGUUACAGGCCCGGUACCGUGGCUCUGAGAGAGAUCCGUCGCUACCAGAAAUCCACCGAGCUGCUGAUCCGCAAGCUGCCCUUCCAGCGCCUGGUCCGAGAAAUCGCUCAGGACUUCAAGACCGACCUGCGCUUCCAGAGCUCCGCCGUCAUGGCUCUGCAGGAGGCCAGCGAGGCUUACCUGGUCGGUCUGUUCGAGGACACCAACCUGUCUAUAAUAGUAAUAAUGUCCGGAAGAGGCAAAGGAGGAAAAGGACUCGGUAAAGGAGGCGCUAAGCGUCACCGUAAAGUUCUCCGUGAUAACAUCCAGGGCAUCACCAAGCCCGCCAUCCGCCGUCUGGCUCGCCGCGGCGGAGUGAAGCGUAUCUCCGGUCUGAUCUACGAGGAGACCCGCGGUGUGCUGAAGGUGUUCCUGGAGAACGUGAUCCGUGACGCCGUCACCUACACCGAGCACGCCAAGAGGAAGACCGUGACCGCCAUGGAUGUGGUGUACGCUCUGAAGAGGCAGGGCCGCACCCUGUACGGCUUCGGAGGUUAAACCUGAUCCGGAUAAAAUAAAACACAACGGCUCUUUUAAGAGCCACCCACUUCUUCUGAAGACCAAUUUUCUUUUAGUCAAAAUGCUAUAGAAAUUACUGGUAACAGUAUUUACAACUAACGUAAAUGCCGUUGUUUAGUUACACUAGAUCAAUGUAAAUUAAAUCCAUUAGUGGGUUAAACCAGAGAACCCCCACUACCACAGUAUUUUGUUUUAAACUAGGUUGAACCUUAUCAGGCAAACUACAACAAGACAACGGCUCUUUAAAGCUGCACAAAUAUUCUUGGUUUGGGGUAUAAAAAGAGAAAUUCUGUAUAAAAGCAAAGAACAUGAGUGGUUAGGGGCAGUAGAUAUGGGUAUAAAAUUGUACAUUGCUUUCGUUGAAAGUG